AUAUAUAUAUACAUUGCCCUAGAAAUAUAGAUAUUAACUAGCUUAAUUACUUAUCUUAUUAUAAAGAUCUGAGCAUAAAUCUAGUUUCAAAAGAAGGAGAAAGAACAAGAAAAUAAAAUGUCGACUGGAGAUUUUUGCAAAGGGAAGAACGUGUGGCCCGAGCUAGUAGGAGAAAACGGGAAGGAAGCCGCAAUAAUCAUAGAAAGAGAGAAUCCUAAUGUGGAAGCCAUCGUCUUACCGGAUGGUACCGCGGUUACAGAUGAUUUUAGGUGUGAUCGGGUUUGGGUUUGGGUUGAUUGUAAUCGGUUGGUAGUUCGUCCUCCUACCAUUGGUUAAUUAAGAAAUAAGUGCAAUUUUUUUUUCUAUUGAUUCAAAGAAUAUAUAAAGUACGUACUCCGUACUACUUAUGUACUUCGUUUAUUUCGUAUAAAUAAUAAUGCCGUUUCAAGGCUUUCAAUCAUUAAAUAAA